AUGAAUCUUCUCCUUCGGAAACUGAGUUCCGAUCUUUCUGUAUCCUUCGCUCCCGAAGGUAUCGUGGACACCACUCAGAACAGCGUCGACGGGGUUUGGCUGCGGAAAAUGGAACGCGAUGUCAGUCACAACUUCUAUUCCCUUCAGGCUCCAUCGUCAUUAUCAUCAUCAUCAUCAUCAUCAUCAAAAAUGGCAGCUCUUCCCCGCGCCUUGCCUCAUCAACUCCCGAAGGCAACCAAGACCGCUAGGGCAGUCUUACUUCGAAUGCCUGAGUCCUUGAACACAUUAAAACAGCUAUGCCAGCGGAAAGUGGAGCAGUGUGACUACGUGCGGGCAAAAUCUGUACAAUCAAACAUACCGAUAUACGACUUAUCGACAACAUCUACAUCAGACACAGAAGCUGUCAAUGACCUUCAGGACGAGUGGCACCAUGCACUGAGUUCUGGCCCCGGAGUUGUAGUACUGAAGAACUUCCUCACAGACCAUGCAGCCAUAAAGCAAUCCAACACUGCUUUUGAGCGGAUAAUCGAGAAAGAAGCUCAAUCCGCCAAAGGCGACCAUUUUGCAGCCGCCGGUUCUAAUUCGCGGAUCUGGAAUUCCUUCCAGAAGCACGCCGAAGUUGAUCCCACCAGUUUUGUUCGUUAUUACUCAAAUCCAUGGUUAGCACGAGUGAGCGAGGCUUGGCUUGGCCCUUGUUACCAGGUCACCGCACAGUUGAAUAUUGUCAGACCUGGUGGGAAGCCUCAAUCGGCUCACAGGGACUAUCACCUGGGAUUCCAAACAGCAGAUGCUUGUGCCCGGUUUCCACGGACGAUGCAACUGGCAAGUCAAUAUUUGACACUUCAAGGUGGCAUUGCACACUCCGAUGUACCUUUGGAAAGCGGACCAACUAGGUUGUUGCCCUUCUCCCAACUGUUGCCUGAAGGAUAUAUGGCUUGGCGUUUACCGGAGUUUACUCAGUAUUUCAACGAGAACUGGGUGAGCUUGGCGUUGGAAGUGGGCGAUGCUGUGUUCUUCAAUCCAGCAUUGCUUCACGCGGCCGGAGAGAACAACACAAAGACUGUUGAUCGAAGUGUCAAUCUCCUUCAGAUUAGUAGUGCAUUCGGUAGGCCAAUGGAGAGUGUCAACGGCCCAAAGAUGGUGCGCAGCUGUUGGGAUGCCCUUAAAGACUUUGCUGCGAGGGAGGGCUCAGGCGAAGGUACAAAGGCGUGUAUCAAUGCAUUGGGGGAGGGAUAUCCUUUCCCUUCCAACUUGGACCAACGACCGCCAGGUCCUGACGGGAUCACACCGACCAGCGAAAUCGAUAUUUUGUGGGAAGGCAUCCGAGAAAGCUGGGGCACGGAGAGGAUAGUGAAAGAGUUGGAGAAAGUUCAGAUCGACUCUGGAUCAUGA